AUGGCCGAGACGGACGAAUGGUCGGCCAAUGCCACUGAAUCGCUGAACAUCAGCUUGAUCGCACCAGCAGCAGGAGCUACAAAGACUAUUGCCUCUUUCAAUCCAAAGUUCACAUACUCUAUCUUCGGAGAUGAUGAGCGCAUCUUUGGGUACAAGGAUCUCAAGAUCAACCUGCGCUACCGCACAUUCGACAUGCGCCCCAAUGUUCAGAUCUUCUACGGCAGGAAGUUCCAGUCCGUUGGAGAGACCGAGGCGGCAGAUGUCGAUGCCAUCCUCAAAGAGCACCUACCGCUAGUUGCCUUCCAACCCGCGCGCGAAUUCAACACAAGUUCCCAGAGCCAACCCACCGACUGGACUCCUCCCGGCACCCUCCACUCGAGCUUUGAGGCCCAUGAUGGAACAUACGAGGUGUGGAAGGGAAGCCUCGCGGACCCUGGUGUCCGUCAGAUCGUCACCCGAGUCGAGGUUAUGGUUCCCAUGUUCAUCGAAGGAGGCUCGUACGUCUCUCGUGAUCCGCACAACGAGGACGACCCGUGGAAGGACCUUGAGGACGCCAACCGCUGGACCACAUUCUUCCUGUACCGAAAGCAACUAUCCCCGGAAACUAGCGAUAAGCCUUCCUACACCUUCGUCGGCUACUCGACCGUUUACAAAUUCUUCUGUUUCCGGCCGCCUACGCCGCCGUCGUCCGAGUGGGAUCUGCCAAAAGAGGAGUUUAACCUGCUGGAAGAGCUUCCCUGUCGGUCUCGGCUCUCUCAAUUCUUAAUCUUGCCACCUUUCCAAGGCAAGGGCAUCGGUGCUCGCCUCUACAAGACCAUCUUUAUGCACUACUACAACAACCCGCAGACCCUCGAGCUGACUGUAGAGGACCCCAACGAAGCUUUCGACGACAUGCGCGACUUGGCCGACCUGACCUUCCUGCGGUCGCUGCCAGAGUUCGACAAGGUCAAGAUCAACACAAGCAUCGCCCUCCCCAACCCACCUAGCGGCACCGUCCCCAAGGACCUGGUGGACCAAGACCUUCUCAGAGACCUCCGACAGAAGACCAAGAUCGUAGAGCGUCAGUUUAAGCGCCUGAUUGAGAUACAGACAAUGUCCCAGCUACCCGAGUCUGUCCGGGUCGGAUUCGGCGACGAGAAGAAGCCCACGCCUACAAAGGAGGCGAAGCACCAGUACCGUCUGUGGCAGCUGUUUGUCAAGCAGCGCUUGUAUCGACAGAACGCCGAUGUACUCGGUCAACUGGACCAGUCUGAGCGGUCAGAGAAGCUCAACGAAGCUCUCGUCAGUGUCGAGCUCGAGUAUGCCAGAAUCCUUGACUGGCACGCUCGCUGGGUGAAGAAUAUGGCUGCCUCGUCUGCCGAGGACUCGGGCAGCAAGCGCAAAACUGUGGAUGACGGCGAGGAGCAGGGUGCGACCAAGAAGGUCAGGGUUGAGGGCGCCUAG